AUGAAAGUCUGGGAGCCACGUCAUGAACUCGGGGCCACACGAGGUGGGUGGAAGGGUGUGGAGCCAAAGAAGGCUGUCUCAGGAGAAGAUGCUCAAAGCCCUGGUGCCCACUUCAUUGUGAAAAGGAUUUUUGUUGGCGGAAUUAUAGAAGACACUGAAGAACAUCACUUAAGGGGUUAUUUUGAACAGUGUGGAGAAACGGAAGCAAUUGAAAUCAUGACUGUGAGGCAGUGGAAAAAGAGAGGCUUUGCUUUUGUAACCUUUGGUGACCAUGACUCUGUAGACAAGAUUAUCAUGCAGAAAUACCGUUCUGUGAACGGCUACCACUGCGAAGUAAGGGAAGCCCCAUCUAAGCAAGAGAUGGCCAGUGCUUCAUCCAGCCAAAGAGAUGCAAGUGGUUCUGGAAACUUGGGAGGUAGUUGUGGAGGUGGUUUUGGUGGGAAUGACAACUUUGGUCACGGAGGAGACUUCAGUGGUCCAGGUGGCUUUGGUGGCAGGCGUGGUGGUGGUGGAUAUGGUGGCAGUGGGGACAGCUAUCAUGGGUUUGGUAAUGUUAGAAGCAGUUUGGGAGGUGGUGGAAGCUGCAAUGAUUUUGGCAAUUACAACAAUCAAUUUUUAAUUUUUAGAGCCAGAAACUCUGGCCCCUCCAGAGCAGCUGUCUGUGGUGGUGGAGGCCAAUACCUUGCAAAACCACGAAACCCAGGUGGCUCUGGUGGUUCCAGCAGCAGCAGCAGCAGCAGCGGCAGCAGCUAUGGCAGUGGCUUGAAUUACUUCCAGAAACAAAGCUUAGUGGGAGAGGAAGGCCAGAGAAGAGACAGGAAAGCUCCAGGUUACAACAGAUUUGGGACUCAGCCAAGCACAGUGGUGGCAGGGCCUAGCUGCUACAGAGAAGACAUGUUCUAG